AUGAUGGUGAAGUAUUUCCUGGGCCAGAGCGUGCUCCGAAGUUUCUGGGACCAAGUGUUCGCUGCCUUCUGGAACAUCAACCACACCCGGCUGAUGGUGGUGGAAGAACGGUGUGUUUACUGCAUGAACCCUGACAACAGCGGCUGGGCCGAAAUCCGUCGGGAAGCCUGGGUCUCCUCUAGCUUAUUUGGCAUUUCCAGAACUGUCCAGGAGUUUGGUCUUGCUCGGUUCAAAAGCAACGUGACCAAGACAAUGAAAGGCUUUGAGAACAUCUUGGCCAAGCUACAAGCCAAAGAGGCCAGAGAAAAAGCAAAGGAGACAGCGCUGGCAGCUACAGAGAAGGCCAAGGACCUGGCCAACAAGGCCGCCACCAAGCAGUAG